AUGAGUGACAUCGUCCCAGUAUUCCAACAUGCACUGACCAAAUACAAAGACAAAUUGACUGGGAAGCCAAGAUUAUCGAUGGAAUGGGUGCCAGCAAACUAUUUGAAACUCACUAUCAAACAUUGUGUCGUGAUUGACAUGACCAAUUACCCAGAUGGCAAACUGAUCGAACCAAAGCUUGCUAACGUCAAUCACUUGUGCCAGGUACUCGAUGGAUGGAAGAAUAACAAGAUCAAGUGGGUCAAAUUAACCGAUGAACAGGUGGAAGAGAGGCAUGAGGAGCUCGCUGCACUUACCUCUACUGGCACCGAAGUAGCAUCCACGCUGAGUUCCAGGGUCACAGAUGGCAGGGUUGGAGAGGAAGGCCUAAGGUCAUCUGUGAAUGUCAGUUCCGGAUCGAUGGCCCCAGCUACCUCCCUAUCGCCUUCCCAGUGUGAUGCCACCCAGAUUCCAACCCAACCGCCAGCAGAGGAAAGCAGACAAGCGGUGACUGCCAUUCGAGGUCACAAACAUAAAGCCAUGCAAAGUUCUGAACCACAAAAGAAGAAACAACCCACAUCUGCUGGCAUGGCAGGCUUGCAGCUUGGAAGAGAGUCAGGAUAA